CAAAGUAAAAACAGUGUUCCUUUUCAGCAACCAUAAUAAACUAAACAAUUUAUUCACGUAUCACGUCGUCUCUUCUACGCAUCUCUCUGCAUUUUUUUAGAGAGCGAGAGAAAAGUUUGUUUUUGUUUAUAUUUUCUUGUUUCCAACCUAACAAUGGCGACAGAAUCUCCCCAAUCAACAUCAGCUUCCUCCGCUGAUUCCUACAUCGGCAGUUCCAUUAGCUUGAUUUCCAAGUCGGAUAUCCGGUACGAGGGCGUUCUCUUCCAUAUCAGCCCUCUCGAAUCCACCAUCGGCCUCAAGAACGUAAGAUCUUUUGGCACAGAAGGGCGAAGGAAGGAUGGCCCUCAGUUCCUUCCAAGUGAUAGAGUGUAUGACUACAUAUACUUCCGAGGAAGUGAUAUUAAGGAUUUACAAGUUCUACCUUCAGUCCCUGUACAGAGUGCACCAGCCAUACCCAAUGAUCCUGCUAUCAUUCAUGCAUGUAGUUUCCCUCCAGCUACAUCAUCUGCAAGCUUGCCACCAGCUCAUACUGAUUCUGUAACAAAUUUGAGUUCCACCUCCCAACUAGGACUUCUGGGUUCAGUGCUCCAAGGCAGCAUGCCUCAAUAUCAGCCUGUGGGUAAUGUCAGAUCUUGGGUUCCAUCACCUCUUCCAAAUGUAAACAGCAAUGAGCUUGGUACAUCAAUAUAUUUGGAAGGAUUGAAAGGAUCCUCAGGGCUUUCUCAUUUGCAACAGCAGACGUUGCUUGGAGUUGGUUCACCACCUGGCUUAUUAGUGUCUCCUCAGCAGCAGCAAAUGCAAUAUUCAACUGUAGAUACAUCCAAACCUAGUGGUGGAUUAAACUUACCUGAAGUUCCUCGUCCAUUGCUGCCACCUGUAUAUGCUGGCGCCCUGAACUCAACACCAGCACCAAUCCCAUUAUCAGCUUUGGCAUCAAAUAUUCAUCUCGGGGGUUCUACUUCAGUAGCUUCUAGUGACGUACUGGGUCCAAUGGCAAACUAUGAACCUAAUACUUCUCCUUCUUCAACCUUAAGUCCUUGCUUGACACUAGUGUCUCCAUUUACUUCUGCUGCACAUAGAGAUAAUACUGUAGCUCAGGUUGGUGAUAAAACUGCAUCUAUGCUUAGUUCCACUUCUCCUUAUCAGGGUUUGCCUACAUCUUCCCCAUCUACUGUUGGGACAUCUGGUUCAAAUUACAUUGAGGCACCAACACCCUCUCUAGUGACACCAGAUCAGCUUUCGAAGUCUCCAGCCUUAAAUCCACCUACAAAAACAUCUCUUCCCCUGCAAACUGCUCAGAAAGACAUUGAGGUGGUUCAAGCAUCAACUUCAGAACCAAUACCACUGGAGUCAAAAGAAGCUAAGACUCCAUUGUCAUCAUCCAGAAAGAUUCCAAAUAUCAUGAUUAUGGGGUUGAAUGUAGAAGAAGAAAUGGGCUUUUAUUUCUUUAAGUUGAUGAAGUGGUAUUUUCAUGCAUUCCACUUUUACAUUUAUUUCCAGCAGCAUGGUGCUGCUUUGCAUGGUUACCGCAGUCUUAGGAGCCAUGUUGGAGGAAGAGAAAACAAGCUGAAUGGAACUAUGUCUCCCUCUUACCAAAGUAAAAAGGCCCAUCUACGGGGACAAGGAAAUGGGCUCUAUGGAACUGCAUCACGCACUCAUCUCAGUUAUGAAGGCCAUGGAUGGGGGAAAGAGAAGAUGAUGAAAGGAGCUGCUUCAAGCUAUUGUCAUGGUAACAUGGGUCGUGGUGCAUGGGGACGAACCAAUAGGCCUUCAAAGUCUAUAACCAAAUUUACUGAGGAUUUUGAUUUUGAGGCAAUGAAUGAGAAAUUCAAUAAAGAGGAAGUGUGGGGUCAGCUAGGCAAAAGUGUCAAAGUCAAAUCAAAAGAUAAUAUGAACACAAGUGACAGUGAUGAAGAAAAUUUGCAACAUGAAGAUGCAGAUGGACUACCAAAAGUUGAAAUGAAGCCUGUGUACGUUAAGGAUGACUUUUUUGACUCCCUCUCUAGCACCACAUUUCAUCAUGAAGCAAAGAAAAAGGUCAAGUUACAUCAACAGAGGAAAUUAGAUAUGGAGACAUUUGGCUAUUUCCAAACAAGUCGAGGUGGUCGUGGUGGCCGGGGAACAGGUCGUGGUGGUGGCUGGUCACGUAGUGGUAGAUAUGGAAGGGGGGGAUAUGGGCGUGCUGGGAGAGGUAUCUGGAGCAGCGUAACCUAGUUUACUCUUUUGAACAUAGUUAUAAUAGACAUGAUCUAACCAAAGCUGCGUACCCAGAUUUAGCUUUAAUAAGUUUGAAACAAUAUUAUGGUUGCAAUGGAAUUGGCAGCCUGAUCUACCAGGGAACAAACUGACUAUGACCUAAAGAAAACCCGUCAUCUAGGAAUUGACGGGUUGAUGAUAAAGGGGUGCAAAGAUGCAAAUCCUCUUCUGAUUAUGCUGACACUGUUCAUCAUUUCUAUUCACGGUGCAGCUGGUCUGUAGGUAUUUACCAGAGAUCAUUAUUCAAGUUGUUCCGAAGUGCUCCUUAGAUGGCAUUUAACUGAAUAACAUUUUAAAUGUUAUUAUUCGUGUCAUCAUAAGUAUUUUAAAAUCUCAUCUUAUGACAAACCUUGGGUUAUUAGUGUUUGUUAUCCAGGUUAGAAAUACCUCACUUAUCAUUCAUUCGUUGUUGUAUGAUACAUAAGUGAGGGAUUUGGUGAUGAUUUGGACCUGAACGGUAGGAAAGAGAGAGACAAGAAUUGCAUGCUAAAACAUGGAUGCUGCAUUGCACCCUGUUGUGUCCGUUAACACUUCAUUUUCACUUGGGUAUUGGGUGAGAAAGUUUAGGGUGAGGGGAGCACAAGCAUCAUGCUUAGAAAUGAGUAAAAUCCCGCUGACCCAAAUUUUCCCAUGACUUCCAACUUCACAGGUAAGGCUUACCUAAUCAAUACUAGAGUUUCUAUCACUAGGGCUGGUGGUUUCAUUUCUCAAUUUUACAGGUUUUUCCAUACCUCGUGCUUGUGAUGUGUCUAUCCUGAAUUUGACCUUGAAGGAGGAAUCUGAUGCAAGGCCUGCAGAGGUUUAGUUGCUCAUUUUGUUUUUGAGCUUAAUCACUGCAUUUAUGUUUCAUUAGUUUGUGAGAUGCAACUAACGGCCUUUAUUUUAGUACAUAUUUGGUUUUAACUUGUAUUUGUUGUGAGAUAAUAUAAUUACAAUAUUAUA